UGCUGUCGGCUGGAAUUUCGCCCUCUGACGUCACUGCCUGUUACUCUCCUAGAUUUGGGAAAAAGAAGUUUCACUUUAAGUGGGGAUUUGAAAGUCUGUGAUUCCUAGAAAGAGAGAUCCACUUGAAACUACCUGCUGCCUAUAUUGAGCAGUUCUGCACUGGUGGUGACACGAUUCUAUAGCUGAUUCCUCAGGAAGAGACAGUCCUGGUGCUUGCUGGACACUCUGUGACGUCCUAAAGCCUUCUUUACUGAAGCUGAUACUCUCCUGAUCCGGUCUGUGAUCAUCUGGUGAUUCAUUUUUGCUCCUGAAAAAGAAUCAGAUUUCUUGACUCCAGAAACAUGUGGGGUGGCUAUAAUGAUGGUGACCAGCAAGGUCAUGUGAGUGCACGAAUGGAGACCAGCUUACCCAUGGGUACCACCAGCAUUUCUGUAUCCCAGCAACAGUCUCCGAAGAAGUUUGCUCCUGUUGUGGCUCCUAAGCCCAAGUUCAACCCCUAUAAACAACUUGAGGGAACACACGAGGGAUCUGGGGACUAUCCUCCUCCUCCUCCUCUAUCUGCCAUUGACAUCAGUGGGCUCCCGUCCCCUUCCAGCUUCCCACCUCCUCCGGCCAUGGAUGAGACCUCCUUCGGCUUUCAGAUAAAAGGACCUGGGAAAACUAUAGAAGAGAGACGUUCCAGUCUGGAUGCUGAGAUCGACUCCCUGACCAGCAUCCUUGCCGACCUAGAGAGCAGCUCACCAUACAAACCGCGCACGCCGCAGAAUUCUGCCAGCCCAGCUGCGACAGGCUCCAACGCCCCUGUUACAGGCUAUCGCCGCAUGGUCAUCCCAACCCAGCCCCCUCUAACCGCCACUAAAAAAUCCACCCCAAAACCACAGGCCCCUCCGACUAUCCCUCCUCCAGCUUCAUCUUCUCCACGCCCCCAAUACCAGCCUGCCCCCCAGCCUGUCCCAGCGUCCUACACCACCGCCUCUACUCCAAGCCAGCCAACCUUCAAUGUUCAGGUCAGGGCCGCCCAGCCUGGACCCCAGCAGCAGCCGGUCCGUGGUCCAGCCCAGGUACAGUACAUGCCGGCUCAACCCAGAGGCCCUGACUUUGCAUACGGGCCUCCUCAGCCGGGAUUCUGCCCUGCUCCAUCUGGAGGCUACCAUGACCAGCACUAUGGUGGAGCUCCUGGUUAUGGAGGUCAGAACACAUGGAGAGCUGAACCGAGUCACCAUGCCCCUCCUCCAUCCACCCAAGGGUACCAGCCUGCUCCCCCGAAAAAAACCUACAUCACUGAUCCUCCUGCCAGCUUAGCACCCUUCGGCGGUGGGCCUUCUGUUCCUCAUAAGGGUCGUCCUGAGGAGGAACUGGAGCGCCUGACUAAGAAGAUGCUGUAUGACAUGGACAACCCCCCCACUGAGGAGUAUUUUGGUCGGUGUGCAUGCUGUGGGGAGAAUGUGGUCGGUGAAGGGACGGGUUGUACCGCCAUGGACCAGGUCUUCCACGUGCACUGCUUCAUCUGCAUGACCUGUGGUUCCAAGCUCAGAGGGAAGCCCUUUUAUGCCGUGGAAAAGAAGGCUUACUGCGAACCCUGCUAUGUCAACACCCUGGAGACCUGCAACAUAUGUUGUAAGCCCAUAAUGGAGCGUAUCCUGCGGGCGACUGGGAAGGCCUAUCACCCCCAGUGCUUCACCUGUGUGGUCUGCCAUCGGAGUCUGGACGGUGUUCCCUUUACCGUGGACGCUGCCAACCACAUCCACUGCAUCGAAGACUUCCACAAGAAAUUUGCCCCUCGUUGCUCUGUGUGUAAUGAGCCCAUAAUGCCAUCACCAGGCCAGGAGGAGACUGUGCGUAUUGUGGCCUUAGACCGUGACUUCCAUGUGCAGUGCUAUGGUUGUGAGGACUGUGGCUGUCUUCUCUCUGAGGGAGACAACCAGGGUUGCUACCCUCUGGAUGGCCAUGUUCUCUGCAAAAACUGCAACACCAGUCGCAUCCAGGCCCUCACUGCCAAGGCUACAACUGACCUCUGAGUCACACACAUAUGUACAUGCAGGUCCUUAAUAUCCCUGCAUUCAUCAAAAUCUGAGAAACACCAUAUCCUGUCACAUCACUGCACACAAAUAUUUAUGCCCAGACAAAUGCACAUGUACACAUAAAGCUGUCAUUCCACUUAAGGGGCCAUGACUUGUCUUGUCGCUCAUGCACCACACACUGUGCCUUUUAUUAAAAUUGCACUCAUU